CCUGCGGUGCUGGAGCCCUGACGCACGGAGAUCGAGAGAGAAAGGGGCAGAAAUGGCGGCUCCGCUCGGCUCCUGCUGAGGAGGGUGAAGCCGGCGGACGGUCUGUGCUGCCAGCCUGCAACAUCGCUCCCGCCUGCCAUUCCCUGCCUUCUCGUGCCGCCUUCCUUUCCGCUGCCCUGCUCUCGCCCGUCCUCGUCUGCAUUCCGGCUUGUCCGGGCCGGCUCGUUCCUCCCGGCCCGGCUCGGCUCCCCUGGCCCCGAGCGCCCGGCCGGCGGGCGGGCCAGCCUUCCUCGGCGCUCCCCGGAGCGGCAGCCGCGGCGUGGGCCCCGGCCCCCGGGCUGGACCAUGGUGAACACCCGGAAGAGCUCGCUGCGCCUUCUCGGGUCUAAGUCUCCUGGGCCCGGGCCUGGGCCUGGGGCCGGAGCGGAGCCUGGGGCGGCCGGAGGCAGCAGCCAUUUCAUCUCCUCUCGGACCCGCUCCUCCAAGACCCGCGCUGCCAGCUGCCCGGCUGCCAAGGCCGGGGGAAACGGAGGCGCCGGCGUGGCUCUGGAUGAGGCCCGGAAAGAUGAAAUUGAUGGUAGUUUGAGUGAUAGCCAAGUAUCUCCUCCAGCGAAACGCACUUUGAAACAACCAGAAUCAGUUUGCAAAGACAAAUCAAAAUCUCGAAGUACUGGUCAGCGAGAGGAAUGGAACAUAACAAGUGGUCAGACCAGGUUAACUUCUCAGCCUGGUGCUGCAUUACCAAAUGGACAUAGUAGCUUAUCCCUUCGAAGCCAUCCCCUUCGAGGUGAAAAGAAGGGAGAUGGGGACCUUUCUUGUAUAAAUGGUGACAUGGAAGUCAGAAAAAGUUGUCGUUCCAGGAAAAAUAGAUUUGAAAGUGUGAACCAGAGUUUGUUAUUUGAUCAACUAGUAAAUAGCACUGCUGAAGCUGUAUUACAAGAAAUGGACAACAUUAACAUCAGACGGAAUCGUCGAUCAGGGGAAGUAGAACGGCUUAGAAUGUGGACAGAUACAGAAUUUGAAAACAUGGAUAUGUAUUCAAGAGUAAAAAGGAGAAGAAAGUCACUAAGAAGAAAUAGUUAUGGGAUACAGAAUCAUCAUGAGGUUUCUACUGAGGGUGAAGAAGAAGAAUCUCAGGAGGAGGAUGGAGAUAUAGAAGUUGAAGAAGCAGAAGGAGAAGAAAAUGAUAGGCCAUAUAAUUUGCGACAAAGAAAAACUGUGGAUCGAUAUCAAGCACCUCCUAUAGUACCAGCUCAUCAAAAAAAGAGGGAAAAUACACUGUUUGAUAUUCACAGAUCUCCAGCAAGAAGAAGCCAUAUCAGGAGGAAGAAACAUGCCAUUCAUAGCAGUGAUACCACUUCUUCAGAUGAAGAACGCUUUGAAAGAAGAAAAUCUAAGAGCAUGGCAAGAGCAAGGAACAGAUGUUUGCCUAUGAACUUCAGAGCAGAAGACUUAACGAGUGGUAUUCUCCGAGAACGUGUGAAAGUGGGUGCAAGCUUGGCUGAUGUUGAUCCAAUGAACAUUGAUAAAUCAGUGCGGUUUGAUAGCAUAGGUGGAUUGAGCCAUCAUAUUCAUGCUCUAAAGGAGAUGGUGGUAUUCCCGCUUUUAUAUCCAGAAAUUUUUGAAAAAUUUAAAAUUCAGCCUCCAAGAGGCUGUUUGUUUUAUGGCCCUCCUGGCACAGGAAAAACUUUGGUUGCCAGAGCAUUAGCUAAUGAAUGCAGUCAAGGAGAUAAAAAGGUGGCUUUCUUUAUGCGUAAAGGAGCAGAUUGUUUGAGCAAGUGGGUUGGUGAGUCUGAAAGGCAACUUAGGCUUCUUUUUGAUCAGGCAUAUUUGAUGAGACCUUCUAUAAUAUUUUUUGAUGAAAUAGAUGGUUUAGCUCCAGUUCGUUCCAGUAGACAAGAUCAGAUCCACAGCUCUAUAGUUUCAACCCUCCUUGCUCUUAUGGAUGGAUUAGAUAACAGGGGUGAAAUUGUUGUUAUUGGUGCUACAAACAGACUUGAUUCUAUAGAUCCUGCACUCAGGAGACCAGGUCGUUUUGACAGAGAAUUCCUUUUCAACCUUCCUGAUCAAAAGGCAAGAAAACACAUCCUACAGAUCCAUACGAGGGACUGGAAUCCAAAAUUGUCAGAUGCUUUUUUAGGUGAACUGGCAGAAAAAUGUGUUGGCUACUGUGGAGCAGACAUCAAGGCCCUGUGCACUGAGGCUGCCCUGAUUGCCCUUCGGAGGCGUUAUCCUCAGAUCUAUGCUAGCAGUCAUAAGUUGCAGUUGGAUGUUUCCUCAAUAGUGCUCAGUGCCCAAGAUUUUUACCAUGCCAUGCAGAAUAUUGUGCCUGCUUCCCAACGUGCUGUGAUGUCUUCAGGACAUGCGCUAUCCCCCAUUAUAAGGCCACUGCUGGAAAGAAGCUUCAACAACAUCUUAGCAGUCUUACAAAAAGUGUUUCCUCAUGCUGAAAUUAGCCAGAGUGACAAGAAAGAAGAUACAGAAAGUUUAAUUUUAGAUGAUAGUGAAGAUGAGAAUACUUUAUCAAUUUUUGAGACCAAUUGUCACUCAGGAUCACCAAAGAAACAGUCAUCAACUGCUGCUAUACAUAAGCCCUACCUUCAUUUUACAAUGUCACCAUAUCAUCAGCCAACCUCUUACAGGCCACGAUUGUUGCUGUCUGGAGAACGAGGCUCAGGUCAAACUUCUCACCUUGCUCCAGCACUUUUGCAUACUCUAGAAAGAUUCUCUGUGCAUAGACUAGAUCUCCCAGCACUUUAUUCAGUUAGUGCCAAGACACCUGAAGAAUCAUGUGCACAGAUAUUUCGUGAAGCUCGAAGAACAGUACCUAGUAUUGUUUACAUGCCUCACAUUGGUGAUUGGUGGGAAGCUGUCAGUGAAACUGUGAGAGCAACUUUUCUGACAUUGCUACAGGAUAUACCGUCAUUUUCACCUAUAUUUUUAUUGUCUACCUCUGAAACCAUGUACAGUGAAUUGCCUGAGGAGGUUAAGUGUAUCUUUAGAAUACAGUAUGAAGAGGUCUUGUAUAUUCAAAGGCCUAUUGAAGAGGACAGAAGAAAAUUUUUCCAAGAACUGAUUCUCAAUCAGGCGUCAAUGGCACCACCUCGAAGGAAACAUACUGCUCUUUGUGCUAUGGAAGUGCUUCCUCUUGCACUGCCUUCUCCUCCUCGUCAGUUAUCAGAAUCAGAAAAAAAUCGGAUGGAGGAUCAAGAGGAAAAUACUUUAAGAGAAUUGCGGUUGUUUCUCAGGGAUGUAACCAAGAGGCUGGCCACAGACAAACGCUUUAACAUCUUCAGCAAACCGGUGGAUAUUGAAGAGGUUUCAGAUUAUCUUGAAGUAAUCAAAGAGCCAAUGGAUUUAUCAACAAUAAUAACUAAAAUUGACAAACAUAAUUACUUGACUGCCAAGGAUUUCCUGCAAGAUAUUGAUCUCAUCUGUAGCAAUGCUUUAGAGUACAAUCCAGAUAAGGACCCUGGAGAUAAAAUAAUUAGGCACAGGGCUUGUACCCUGAAGGACACUGCACAUGCUAUCAUUGCAGCUGAAUUGGAUCCAGAAUUUAAUAAACUCUGUGAAGAAAUCAAGGAAGCAAGAAUAAAAAGAGGCUUAUCGGUAACAGCUGAACAAAUAAAUCCUCAUGGUACUGGAGCUCGGAAGACAGAAACUAGAGUUGAAGAGGCAUUUCGACACAAACAAAGAAAUCCAAUGGAUGUCUGGCACAAUUCUGCAAAUAAAUGUGCAUUUCGAGUUCGGCGAAAGUCAAGGCGACGAUCACAGUGGGGUAAAGGAAUUAUUAAGAAAAGGAAAGUCAAUAAUUUAAAAAAAGAUGAAGAGGACACCAAGUUUGCAGACUAUGAGAAUCAUACAGAGGACAGAAAAUUGCUGGAAAAUGGUGAGUUUGAGGUAAGCACUGACUGCCAUGAGGAAAAUGGAGAAGAGACUGGAGACUUGUCUAUGACUAAUGACGAAUCUUCAUGUGACAUCAUGGACAUGGACCAAGGGCAGAGGCUAAACAGUGGAACAGGUACAAAAGAGAACUUUGCAUCUACUGAAGAAGAAAGUUCAAAUGAAUCUUUACUUGUCCACAACAGCAGUUCUCUCAAUCCAGAACAGUUAUCUAGAAAGGAGCCUUUCCUUAAAGGCAACUGUCUGAAUGGUGACGCCUCCGCUGAUAGCUUUGAAGGAAUACCAGCUCUAGAGUGCCAGAAUGGCAAAGCUGAAGGGACUCCUCUCUCUGGUAGUGGAGAAAAAUCUAAUUCUGAACAAAAGAUUCUCAUGGAAGAACAGCCAAAAGAGAAAUCAGAAACUUCUAAUGAAAAUCAUGAAGAUGAUUCUGAGAAACUAGCCACACUGGAAUGCAGCAAUAAUGAGAAGUUAGAGCCUUGCCUGGAUGUGGAGGUUAAAGAUACAGAACUGGAUAAAGAAGGUGCUUCUAAAGUAAAGAAAUAUCGCAAAUUAAUUUUAGAGCCGGCAAAAACAACCAGCCUGGAACUGGUUCCGGAAGAACCAUCUGAGCCUGUGCCACCCUUGAUAGUUGAUCAUGAGAGACUGAAGAAAUUGCUUGAUUUGUUGGUAGAUAAAAGCAACAAUUUGGCAGUUGAUCAACUAGAGAGAUUAUAUUCUCUUCUUAGUCAGUGCAUCUAUCGUCAUCGUAAAGAUUAUGACAAAUCACAACUUGUGGAGGAGAUGGAAAGAACAGUUCAUAUGUUUGAGACAUUCCUAUGAACUUCUCAAGAUGAGUGGUUUAUCCUCUCCAAUCUGCUCCAGACAGAGCAGUCUUCUGAGCCAUUCAAUUCCAAAUUGCACCAAUUAUGUGCAGAGCCUCGGUGUAAAGUGCUCUCUCACUCAUUCUUCUCUCUGUUGAAUUUGGUGCUAUUGUCUCAGGUACCUGAAACCAACCAGCCUACAAGAACCAAACAGAACUUCAGAAACAUGUUGUAUUUUCCACAAAUAAAAAAUACAACCCCACAGCUUGGAGAUUUUGGUGCUACAGAAACUGCUUUUGCUUCUGCUCUUUUUGUGCACUCUCUUUUGGAGACUCUAUUAUGGAGCAGACCAGCAACAGGAGGGACCUGGAAGGGGCAGUUCUAACUGUUUUGAAUUGUUUAAACGUGGCAACCUGUUUUUUUGUUUGUUUUCCUCCUUUCUGUCCCUUAUAUCAUUAUUCCCCCUGCCCCCUGCCCUGGUAAUGGACUGACACCUGUCAUAGACUUGGUUAUGGUGUAUUCUGGUGGGAAACUGAAGAAACUGGGUGGAACUAGAUUUGGCUCUUUAGAACUGCCUUUUAUGUGCCUUUUUAUUCAUUUGAGGAAGAUAAGGCUAAACAGAUGGGCUCAUUUGUAGCAAAUUAGAAUGUUUUUUGGUCACAACCUUGAGAAUAAGUUUUAAUACUCUGUCAUGGAGAGACAACCAGUGUUUUGGUAUUAAAUGCCUGUCUUGUUCUCAAAGCUCAAUCAAGAUGCUCAGUAUACCACAUAAUAUGCUAAAAUGGUAAGUUUCCUGUUGGAUCUGUUUCUGUUUAAGAAACUUGUACUAAAAAAAAAUAACAAAUAAUACAGUCCACACAAAACCCACAUACUUUUCCAUAUUGCUGACAAUGAUGACCAGAAAAUAAAUAGAUAGUGGCCAUUCUUCUGUCAGAGGCAAUUUAAUAGUUAUUCAUGUUUGAGUUACCAGAGAAAAGUGAUUUUCAUGUGUAGUAAAUUGUUAUUGUUUUGUUUUAAAGCCAGGACUUGCCAAAUAGACAGAAAAGAGAAGAAUUUGUCAGAAGCUCCAUAAAGUUUAUUUUCUGUAUAAUUGCAAGUGAGCUCUGGUAUGGUCCUUGAAUAACAGUAUUAACAUUUAAAUCCCUUCCCAUAAGCUUACCUUCACAGCUCUUCGUUUUGAUUGGAAACCAUUUUGGAUCUUGUUGAAUGAUUUCUAUGAGAUGUACUUACCUGAAAUUAAUUAUGGGUUACUGGUUUUACAAAAACUUCCUGCAGAUUUGGAGAGAUAGUUGAGGCAGUUGCAAAGAGGCAAGGGGAGUGCAGUGACAUUUUUUUAUCAGAUAAUUUUUAAACAAAAUAUAGGAAAUUUUGCAGACAAGUUGGCUUGCUAUCUUCAUUAUUAUAGCUUUUAGCUGCAGGUGUGUCUUUCCAAUAUAUGCAACACAUGUAGUUUGGGUUUUAGGGCACAUGGUCUUGGACUACUACAGAGAUAUUGAGCUACCUCAGCUUUUUGUGUUUUAGUUACCAAUAGUGUUUACAGAAUCCUGUAAUCACUUUGCCACCGUUUACAUGCUGAAGCUAAGGUACUUGUCUCUUGUCUCUGGCUGUAGUGUGCAGAGAGCACACUGGCCUAGGCUACUGCAGUAACCCCAAGUGCUUCUUUGCAUUUACCUUUACAUUUCCUGCCUUCUGCUUCUACCUUCUUCUUCUUCUUUUUUUCCCAAAUGUCACUAGUUUCCUUUAUGCCUGGUCUAUGAAGUUUCCAUAAUACUCAGUCAUGUAAUUCAAGAUGCUACCCAUGUAGACACACUGAAUUUUUAAGGUGGGCAAGUGCGAUUAACGAUGAACCAUUUUAAAGGGGAGGUUAUUUGAAGCCUCUAAUUUGAUUAUUGGGAGGAUUUUCAUGCUUUCUUUCGUAUUUAUUACCAUCAUACCAGUUCAAACUAUUUUACUGUCUAAUACAUUAGCAUUUUGUAUUUUGAUGGAAAUUGUUACAGAAUUUAAAGAUUUGAUGAAAUAAGAUGUAGCAGAUUUUUUGUAGCAAGUUUCUGGUAAAAGGGUUUUUUGCAGGUCUCAGGUUCUUGCUGCACUAUUUUCUUUUCUAAUAUUUAUUCCAGUUACUCUAAUUCAGAAGCAUUCUGUUCAAGUAACAGCAGCACUUGUGAAAGGAAAAAAAAAACGCACAUGUUCUUAGUAGGUUACUAAAUUUGUACAAGUUAAUUAAGAUUUUAGCCAUCAGUAAGUUUGAGAAGGGAAAUUUAUUUAUGUGUAUGGCAUUAAAAAUGCUUCCAAAAGAUCAAGUUUUUGUUUUUGCUUAUCCUGAAUGUAGAUGGAGAAAUCAGAGACAACCUCAGUAUAGGAACUGCCAUUUUGAACAGUUUGGGUCUUCAAGAGAAAGCCAAUCUCAUGCCGAGGGGGGAAAUGAAAUGAAAUUGUAUCCACUCUUCUGCCCCCCAACAAAAAGAAAAUUAACAAUCUAUACCAGUUUCACUUAUUUUACAGAUACUAAUAGUUUAAAGCAGCUUGUGAAAUUAUCCAAUUCAAUUUUGUUUACCUUUCUGUAAAGUUAUUUUUGCUGUAUAGCAUUGGCAAACAUGUACAAAUUGACCUCUGUUCUUAUUUCCUAUGUGAGCACUAUAAAUGAUAAGCUCCUGUGUAAAACCUUGCUCUCAGUAUCCAGUGCAGCAUGGCAGUGGGUCGUGCUUCGCUGUGGGUCCCCUGGGAGCUUAUGAAGAUGCUGGAACUGCAUUAGGGUUGAAACUGAUGGCUGUGGAGUUAAUUGUGUUUUUGAGCUUGAAUCUUACCUGUGAUUAAUUUUUUAAACGUCCUUUUAUGACUUGAUUUUUUUUCAUAUGCCAAUGUAUUUGUAGGUUUACUGGAUUUUGUUUUUUGGGAGUGGGGUGGUAAUUUCUUAUCUUCCCUUUUUUGAUUAAGUUGGUUCAGCUAUGGUGCUAUUCAGUAGGUAUCUUCAGUGUCAGGUCCCGUAGCUGAAUGCCAUUGUUAUUAUAAUUAUUAUUUGUAAUCAUAUUGUAAGCUUGAAUUCGGUCUUGUACCUACAUCUUUUGUAUUUUGUACAUUUGGUUACUUAGACUUUGGGAGUCCUAUUUGGUUUCAGUCACAUAUGUCUACUUUGUAGAUUAAGUAGACUUCAUCAACUAUGGUCUAUUUUGGGUUUGUAGUUUAAUUUAGGAUUGUGUUAAAUUGAUGUUUUGCAUUAGACUUCAUUUUACAUUAGUUUGAAGUAAAUUAUUUAAUUUUUGAAUUCUGGAAUUUGAGCAUUUACUGUAAUUUGUAAUAUAACUGCUGUGAAAUACUUGAAUAAAGAUGAGAAGAAAAACAUG